UCUCCGUACUGGUUUUGGUUUCCUUUGAUUGUUACUAUCCAACUUUCUUUCUUCUCUCCAUUCUCCUCUAAAGGGAAAGUGAAAGUGAGAGUAGGAGAGAGAAAGAGAGGGGAGAGGUCAACUGGGUCUGUUUUUGCUGAUUUGGCUGGUGUUUUUCUCUUUUAAAAGUCUUAAAGUGCACAGUGUGAAUGGGAGAAAGAGAGAGAGUGACGGAGAAGUUUCAACUUUUCGUUUGUUUGUUUGGUUUGCUUUUUCCAUGCGUCUUUUUUAAGCCCUUUUCGUCUGCUCCUUUUUGGGUUUUAUUUUUUAAUCAAAACUGAUUCGGUUGAUGGAAGAUUAGGGUUUUUUCUUAUUCAGUGUUUAAAAGUUUUUUUUAUCUCUUACUGGGUUGAGAAAGAGAUGUAUGAGCUGUGAAUUGAAAAAAGGCUAUUUCUUGACAAGUCUCCUCAUACUUUUCUCUGUGUCUGAAACUGAUUUUCAAGAGUCGGAUAGAGUUUUCUAGAGUGAGACUGUGUUCAGUUGUGCAUGGGCGUUGACAAUGAGACAGUUUUUUCACUUUUCGCUGUUAAAAAAAAAACAAAAUCCAUAUGGAGUUUUAUUCUUUGCGCAAUCUCGGAAGAACUUAAGGUCAAAACUUGCUACACCAAAAAGAGCAACAAAAUCUAAUCGUUUUUUCGUUAUAAUGUGAAAGUGAUAGGGGCUAACUUCAAAGAACCUAGAGCAAGCAACCUUUCAGGGGGAGAUAAAAAAGUUGUAAUCCAUCUUUUCCAUUUUCAUGAGUUUUGGGGAUUUAAUCAACAGUCCUAGAGGUAGUUUUGAUGAUAUGGUUGCAAAGACCGUGGCUGCCAUUGCUCAGUUUCUCCAUUAAAAAUAAGAUGGAUGGUGUUGGUGAUUCGGAUCUGAUAGGCGAGCAUUUUGACCCUAGUAUACUGGGAAGGAUUAGGGAUGAUGAAUAUGAGAGCAGGUCUGGAAGUGAUAAUAUUGAAGGUGGUGGUGCCUCUGGUGAGGAUCAAGAAGACAAUGGAGAAGGGCCGCCAAGGAAGAAAAAGUAUCACAGGCACACACCGAAUCAAAUACAAGAGCUUGAAGCUUUCUUUAAGGAGUGUCCUCACCCCGAUGAGAAACAACGGUUGGAUCUCGGUAGGAGGCUUAACUUAGAGGCCAAGCAAAUCAAGUUUUGGUUUCAGAAUAGGAGAACCCAGAUGAAGACCCAAAUGGAAAGGCAUGAGAAUGUCAUUCUUCGGCAAGAACAUGAUAAGCUUAGAGCUGAAAAUGAAAUGUUGAAGGAAGCCAUGAAAAGUCCAGUAUGCAACAAUUGUGGUGGUGUGGCUGUGCCAGCUAAUGCGUCCAAUAUUGAGAUUCAGCAACUUAGGAUUGAGAAUGCUCGAUUACGGGACGAAUUGGGUCGGAUUUGCAUCUUGGCUAACAAAUUCCUGGGCAGGCCUCUUACAUCCUCAGCCAAUACUGCCCCUCAAUUCUUCAACUCUGGUUUGGAUCUUAACAUGGGAAGAAAUGUUUUAGGUGGGAUGCCAAAUAUUCCAGGUUCCCCGAUGUUUACAGGACAUGAGUUUGUUGAAGGGCCUUUUAUGAAACAACCCAUGGCAGGUGCGAUGGGAAAUGAUAUGCCUUAUGAUAGAAAUGCGCUUGUUGAUCUUGCAUUGGCUGCUAUGGAUGAAUUGAUUAAGAUGGCUCAGGCAGAUAGUCCUAUUUGGGUCAAAAGUGGGGACGGAGGAAGGGAUGUCCUGAACCAGGAGGAGUAUAUGAGAACAUUUUCAUCUAGUUUGGGCCCCAAACCAAAUGGCUUUGUGACCGACGCAUCAAGGGAAACUGGUAUGGUAAUUGUCAAUAGCGUGGCUCUUGUAGAGACUUUAAUGGAUGGGAAUCGAUGGAUAGAAAUGUUCCCAUGCAUGAUUUCUGGUGCCGCCACUAUUGAUAUGAUCUCCAGCGGUGUGGCUGGAACCAAAAAUGGUGCUCUGCAAGUGAUGCUUGCUGAGUUCCAAGUACUCUCACCUCUUGUUCCUGUUCGCCAAAUAAAGUUUGUGCGGUUCUGCAAGCAGCAUGCUGAGGGUAUGUGGGCUGUGGUCGAUGUGUCUAUCAACACAAACCGCGAUGGUCCAAUUGGGGACCCAUAUUCGACCUGCCGAAGGCUUCCUUCUGGCUGUGUUGUGCAGGAUAUGCCAAAUAAUUAUUCCAAGGUUACUUGGAUCGAGCAUAUUGAAUAUGAUGAGAGUAACAUUCACACUCUAUGCCGGCCAUUGCUUUCUUCUGGCAUGGGCUUUGGUGCACAAAGGUGGCUUGCGACCCUACAAAGGCAAUGUGAGGGCGUUGCAAUUCUCACAUCGCAUACCUUACCUGGCCAAGAUCAUUCAGUGAUAAGUUCAACUGGAAGGAAGAGCAUACUGAAGCUGGCGCAUCGCAUGACAUAUAACUUUUGUUCUGGAAUUUGUGCUUCAAGUGUACGCCGCUGGGACAGGCUUCGUGUUGGAAAUGUCGGUGAGGACGUGAGGGUAUUGACCCGGAAAAAUAUCAAUGAUCCUGGUGAGCCACCUGGUGUUGUGUUGUGUGCUGCCACUUCUAUUUGGAUUCCGGUUACCAGGCAGAGAUUGUUCGAUUUUAUGCGCGAUGAGCGAAUCAGGAGUGAGUGGGACAUUUUAUCCACUGGAGGGCCAAUGCAAGAGAUGGUCCAUAUUGCCAGGGGUCUGGGACCUGGCAACUGCAUUUCUCUCCUUCGUUCUAGCUCUGUGACUGCUAAUGACAGCAUGCUGAUACUGCAAGAGACAUGGAACGAUGCCUCAGGCUCACUUAUAGUGUAUGCACCAGUUGACGUGCAAUCAAUGGGCACGGUGAUGAACGGUGGGGAUUCUGCAGGCGUCGCCCUGCUGCCAUCGGGAUUUGCCAUUCUUCCGGACGGUCGAUCUGGAACUGGCGGAUCUCUACUUACAGUCGGUUUUCAGAUUCUGGUGAACAGCCUUCCAACUGCCAAACUCACAGUAGAGUCAGUCGAGACAGUUAACAAUCUAAUCUCCUGCACAAUUCAAAAGAUCAGAGCUGCCCUACAAGAAAUAUAAACAUCUGGGUGGAAACAGGUAACUCUUUUUUUUGUUUAACAAAAUUAUAUCUGUUGAAAGUAUAGGAAGAUAUAGAAUGAAUGAAAACUGAAAGAGCUUGAGUUUGCACAAGAGAGGGUUUUAGAGUCAAGAACGAACCGCAUGUGGUGGUGGGAAAGUUUUUCCCAGACUCUGCAUGGUGAGUGGUUCGGGUAUUGACUCGGUGGACUAGCGAGUUGCUCAGCUCGCAAUGGUGUUAGUUGAUAAGUGUUACAGUGGGAAGAAGACAUUUAACCUUUUGGAACUUUUUUUGGUGUUUUGUUGCGUCUGAACUUUUAUCAUAAUGUUAUCUUGAACUUUCAAUAAUAAAAUGCAUGCCCUCUCUUGUGGGUUUUUUUCA